AGCAACGGUUGGCCACAGAGUCGCCAAACAAUUUUUUUUAGUCAACGCCCAACUCGUAGUAGCAAGUACAUAUCGAUCUCGCCAACAGCGACAUACCGCUUCGUGCAUGUCAACAGCUCGCGACUUAUUAGCAAGCAAAGGAUCUUUCAUCCCCAUACUCGGCAGCCAUCCUUACCACAUUCCUUCUCUAUAACGACGAUUUCGUGUCUCUCUGGCUACUGUUGAUGCAAGCAUCUAACAUGAUUCGCCCUCCUAAGAGAAAGGCCAGCCCUGGCACUGACGGCCGACUCCCGAAGCAACAAGCACUCUCCAAAAGGACAUCGACAACUCUGUCUUCUUCCCCACUGUCACUGCGUACUCCUAUAGCUCUUGCAAAUCGUCAAAUCUCGGGUCGGUCGUCCCCUGGGAUUGUAAUGCCUACCUACGGUGCAACUUCUGCGACGUCAAGUUUCGCGAGCUCACUGCCCUAUUUCAAUUACCCUUUGCAAGCUUCAAACGGCAUCAACUCACUGGCUUAUGACUCUCAUCUUGACUACAAUGCUUCUGUCUCUGCAAGUCAACGUGUCAAUUCCACCGACCAGAUGUUCCAUCUUGAUCCCUCUUUGUCGGCAUUGGAUGCACCAUACGGUGGAACGUUGUCCACAGUGUCUCGACAUCUACAGCAAGGCAAUGUACAUGCUCAUUCACAUCAGUUCGAUCCACCUGUGCAAGCCAGUGCUCUUCAGCACCUCGAAGUUAAUGUCGUCAAGCCGGAGCUUGACAACGAUUCCGCGACAACCUCCUCUGCCGGUUGGACUGAUCGCAUGCAAGUCAUGGCCAAACCAGCAUUGCUGCAGAAUGAAGAGCCGAGUUACUCUGCCGAAUCUUCUGUCGUCGAUCCACCGCACACCCGAGCAGCCCAGAUGACUGCCUCACAAGCUCCAAACGAUAGCCCAGAUUUUCCUUCGGAAUGCUUCCUAUGUCCUCAACCCUUGGAUGCUGCGCAAGCACCAGUCUUCGCUACUCUUAAUGACUACAAUGUCCACCUAUGGCAGAAGCACAUGGAUUUAUCUACGUGGAAAGAACAGAGAUGCAGUUGGGAAGGAUGUUCAACCAAAUGCACUUUCGCUACACCCAACCUUUGGUUCGCUCACGUCCGCCAAGUGCAUCAAAAGAACUUCUGGUGCACACAUCCGGGUUGCAAAUUUCGUCGAGGUGGCCUCGAGCCAAAGCCCUUCGGUAGUCAGCAUAGUCUCCAUCGUCAUAGCCUGUCAAAGUCCCAUGCUCCUCCUCUGUAUUGCGACAAACCUUACUGCACUGGUCAUGACAAUAUAGCUCGUAGCGACAAAAGGAAUAAGCACAACACUGAAUAUCAUGGGCCAAUCCUUUGCAGAGUUGACGGUUGUCCAAGAGGUCGAUACCUUAAUGGUGUCUACUACGGAUUCGCUACUCACCAGGAUCUCGUCGCUCACCAUCGCUUGAAGCACACUGAUACGGCCUUGGACUAUGGAACGACUACAGCGUAGUCUCCUUGCCACGAUCAUCAUCCAGGCAAGAUCAUUGACCUACUGUCUUACUCAUGAGACGACGGUCAAUCUUUGCAUCUACGAGUUCCUUGCCUACGUCUGCGA